GCCCCGCGCCGGCUCCGCGGCUCCGCAGCUCGCGCCCGCCCGGCGCCGGGCCAUGGCGCUGCUGCAGGAUGUGUCGCUGCAGGAUCCGCGGGACCGCUUCGAGCUGCUGCAGCGCGUGGGGGCCGGGACCUAUGGCGACGUCUACAAGGCCCGCGACACGGUCACGUCCGAACUGGCUGCGGUCAAGAUAGUCAAGCUAGACCCAGGGGACGACAUCAGCUCCCUUCAGCAGGAAAUCACCAUCCUGCGUGAGUGCCGCCACCCCAAUGUGGUGGCCUAUAUUGGCAGCUACCUCAGGAAUGACCGCUUGUGGAUCUGCAUGGAGUUCUGCGGAGGGGGGUCCCUGCAGGAGAUUUACCACGCCACCGGGCCCCUGGAGGAACGGCAGAUUGCCUAUGUCUGCCGAGAGGCACUGAAGGGGCUGCACCACUUGCAUUCUCAGGGGAAGAUCCACAGAGACAUCAAGGGAGCCAACCUUCUCCUCACCCUCCAGGGAGAUGUCAAGCUGGCUGACUUUGGGGUGUCAGGCGAGCUGACGGCGUCUGUGGCGAAGAGGAGGUCUUUCAUUGGGACUCCAUACUGGAUGGCCCCGGAGGUGGCCGCCGUGGAGCGCAAAGGUGGCUACAAUGAGCUGUGUGACAUCUGGGCCCUGGGCAUCACCGCCAUCGAGCUGGGCGAGCUGCAGCCCCCUCUCUUCCACCUGCACCCCAUGAGGGCCUUGAUGCUGAUGUCAAAGAGCAGCUUCCAGCCGCCAAAGCUGAGAGACAAGACUCGCUGGACCCAGUAUUUCCAUCACUUCCUCAAGCUUGCCUUGACCAAGAACCCCAAGAAGAGGCCAACAGCAGAGAAGCUCCUGCAGCACCCCUUCACGACCCAGCAGUUGCCUCGGGCUCUCCUCACACAGCUGUUGGACAAGGCCAAUGACCCCCACCUGGGAACCCCCUCCCCAGAAGACUGUGAUCUGGAGACUUAUGACAUGUUUCCCGACACCAUUCACUCCCGGGGGCAGCAUGGCCCAGCCGAGAGGACCCCCUCGGAGAUCCAGUUUCACCAGGUGAAGUUUGGUGCCCCACGAAGGAAGGAAACAGACCCACUGAAUGAGCCGUGGGAAGAGGAAUGGACGCUGCUGGGAAAGGAGGAGCUGAACUCGAGCCUGCUGCAGUCAGUCCAGGAGGCCCUGGAGGAAAGGAGCCUGACCAUCCGGCCAGCCUUGGAACUCAAGGAGCUGGACUCCCCAGAUGAUACCAUAGGAACCAUCAAGAGGGCCCCGUUCUUGGAGCCAUCCCCCACUGAGCCUCCGGCUGAGGACCUUCAAUCCAGCCUCCCAGGAACCGCACCUGCACCUCUCCCAUGCCCUGACAGCCCCCCGCUGCUCUCCACUGCCUGGGCCACCGUGAAGCACCGGGAAGAUCAUGAGAGGUCAUCCUGCCGUGGGCUCCCCCCGACCCCCAAGGUGCACAUGGGCGCCUGCUUCUCCAAGGUCUUCAAUGGCUGCCCCCUGCGGAUCCACGCUGCUGUCACCUGGAUUCACCCUGUCACCCGGGACCAGUUCCUGGUGGUGGGGGCCGAGGAAGGCAUCUACACCCUCAACCUGCAUGAACUGCAUGAGGAUACGCUGGAGAAGCUGAUUUCACACCGCUGCGCCUGGCUUUACUGCGUGAACAACGUGCUGCUGUCACUCUCAGGGAAAUCCACGCACAUCUGGGCCCACGACCUCCCAGGCUUGUUUGAGCAGCGGCGGCUACAGCAACAGGUCCCCCUCUCCAUCCCCACCAAUCGCCUCACUCAGCGCAUCAUCCCCAGGCGCUUUGCCCUGUCCACCAAGAUUCCUGACACCAAAGGCUGCCUGCAGUGUCGCGUGGUGCGGAAUCCGCACACAGGCAGCACCUUCCUGCUGGCCGCGCUGCCCACCAGUCUGCUUCUGCUGCAGUGGUAUGAGCCGCUGCAGAAAUUCCUGCUGCUAAAGAACUUCUCCAGCCCCUUGCCCAGCCCAGCAAGGAUGCUGGAGCCGCUGGUGCUGGAUGGGAAGGAGCUACCGCAGGUGUGCGUGGGGGCUGAGGGCCCCGAGGGGCCUGGCUGCCGCGUCCUGUUCCAUGUCCUGCCGCUGGAGGCUGGCCUGACGCCGGACAUCCUCCUCCCACCCGAGGGGCUUCCGGGCUCAGCCCAGCAGGUGAUCCAGGUGGACAGGGACACAGUCCUAGUCUGCUUUGACCGCUGCGUGAGGAUCGUCAACCUGCUGGGCGAGCCCACGGUGACACUGGCGCCUGUGCUGACCUUUGACUUCCCCAUUGAGACUGUGGUGUGUCUGCAGGACAGUGUGCUGGCCUUCUGGAGCCAUGGGAUGCAAGGCCGCAGCCUGGACACUAAUGAGGUGACCCAGGAGAUCACAGACGAGACAAGGAUCUUCCGAGUGCUUGGGGCCCACAGAGACAUCAUCCUUGAGAGCAUUCCCACCGACAAGCCGGGGGCUCACAGCAACCUCUACAUUCUCACAGGCCAUCAGAGCAGUUACUGAGCCAGUGGGCCGGCCUGGCCGGGGGCAUCCCCCGCCCACUCCAGGCCUUAGCAGCAGUUCUUUUAGGCAGAGGGGCCCCUCCCAGAUCAGAGGAGCCCAGGCCUCGGCUCUGCUGGUCUGAAGGGCAGAAAUCCUGAGAAGAGUUUGGGGGCUGGGGAGGGUAAGGGUGCCUACCCCACACCUCUGCAAUAACUGGACCAGAGGAAGCUGCUGUCACCUCCCCCUCCCCGGCGGGCAGCCAGUCCCCAGUGCCCCCUGGCAGGGGCCCUGGGCUGGUUGGGGGCAGGCCCGGGGCUAUCCAUUCCAUUCGGUUCCACAUUUCCUUUCCACUCUUCCUGCCAAGAGCCUGCCCCUGUGCUCUGUCCUGGGGAACGUGGUAUUUAAAAGAGAGACUAUAUUGGUAUUAAAGCUGGUUUGAUUUUAUUCCACUGGUCCCUCUGGUUUGGGGGGAGCUGAGCCCACCUGCCUCAUCUCCCUCUACCUCUCCCUCCAGGACACCUUUCUUUCUUUCUGUGGCACCAGGUGCUGUGGAUAUAACAUGGAAGGGAGGCCACCAGUGUUCUGGUGGCUCUCAUGGGGAGCCAGGCAGAGGUGAGGGGGAGGCCAUGGCCUUCCGUGGCAUCUCAGGGUCUCUGUGUCUUCCUGGGCUCCCUUGCUCAGGAUGAGCCCUCAGCCUUGCAGUGUGAGGUCUCUUUUGUGGCCAAGGAGUCAUGCAGAUGGGGCCGGGGGAGGCACUAAACAAGGGACUCGUCCGAGCACCCCUGUCCCAUAUGAGAUCUCACCAGGUAGCCUAUGGAAGGGCCCAGGAGAGGCCCGCCAAGGGCUGCUCCACCCAGCGCCAGGGAGGCUGCAGCCUUUGGAGACAGCCUGCCCUGACCUGUAUCCCCCACCCAGGCCUGGGGCUGCCUCCCGGCCUCCCACCUGCUGCCUGGAUAUCAGUUGCUCUGUCAGGCCAGGAUUACUGAACAUGGGUGUGCUCACCAAGCUAGACUCUGGGAAGAUCAGCCUGUGUCCAUUUAGCAAGAAUUCCCAGAGGGUCUCUUCAGUGCCCAUCCCUGGGCUCCCAGAGGGGCCCCUACCAAGAUGUGGACCCGCCCCCAGUGAGGGGAGCUGCCCUUGCUGGAGCCUGCAUCUCGAAGGCACAUUCGUCCACCUGUUGCUGGCCUUGUGCUUUGCAUCGCCAUUCUCCUACAUUUCCCUCUUAGCGGGCUCCACACCCCCAGACCAGGGAGCCCCCUGUGGCCCCAGGCACUGACCAGGCUGCUCCGUGGACAGAGACCCCUGACCCUUGACCCCAGGUACCUGGAGAGGACUUUCAGCCCACAGAGCAGCAGGCAGCAGACAGUGCCACCUUGUGGCAGGUUGCCCCAACACUCUAAAGGAGGGUUGGGGGGUGUCAGAAUGUAAUGUGCCAAAGCAGGGGUGCCUGGGAAAAGCAGGGGCCCCUGAUAAAAUAUUUGCUGCCAGCAGAGUCUGGCCACCAGCCAAAGAAAGGCCAAGAGGCCAGGGAAUAUGCACUGAAAGACCAAAAUUGUUAUUUUAUCUGUAUGUUUUUUAAUAGGUAGCCCUUGGCCAUAGGUACACAAUUUUUAAAAAAAUACAAAGUAAAUACAAUGAGAAGUCUCCUAUUCAGGUCCCAGUUACUUAUAAGCCUUCUGGAAGUACUUACGCAUGUUUAAGAAGUAAUGGUAUGCUUUAGUCUUCCCUGUUUCUUACAUACACGGUAAUAUAUUCCACACACUGUUCUAAUCUUGCCCUUUAAGAGCUGUCCUGGAGGGAAUUCUCCGGCGGUCCAGGGGUUAGGACUCCGUGCGUUCACUGCCGAGGGCCCGGGUUCGAUCCCUACUCGGGAUACUAAGAUCCCGCAAGCUGAGUGAGUGGCCAAAAAAAAAAAAAAAUCUGUCCUUAAGAGCUUUCCAUGAUCAGUGCCUCCCACUUUGUUCUUUUAUAGCUGGUAUUCCACUGUAUGGGUUUCCCAUAACUAAUGUGAAUUAACUGUAGUUAGAUCCCUAUUGAUGGAAAUUUCAGUUGUUUCUACUAGUUUGCUAUUACAAAUGAUGCAGCAAUAAAUACUCUUAUGCCAUUGCCACUGUGUAGGUAUUCAAGUGUCCCGUAGGAUUAAUUCCCGGAAGUGGCCUUGCUGGGUCAGAGCUGGCUGUCUUUGUCCUUGUGACAACUACUGUCACACUGCCCUCCCUGGGCAGAAGCCUCUGGGAUGGGUCAGAUCAGCCUCUGUAAGCCAUCCCGUGGGUCAGCGGAAGAGGCUAGGGCACCCCAGGAUGUUCGGGUAGCUGGCCCAUAGCCGAGUCAAGUGAGGGUCAAGGUGAGAGGUGACAACCAGAAUGUGUGCUUCAAGACAGCAGGGCAUCGGCCGUGCUCACAGUGGUAUGUCCAGUGCCUGGUCACUGCCUGGUGCACAGAAGGCCCUCAAUCAUGCUUUCUGAGUGAAGGAAUGAGCGUGAUAUUGUGAAGAGGAGGCCCUAGAGUUGGGCCCCUGGACUGGAUGAGUUUGCUGAGCUGUGUUUUCCCCAGGUAGACCAUGUCCUAAGUCUAUCUGCAGGGUAUAGGGAGGAUUGGAAGUAUUGUAGUACACAUAAUGCAAUGACACAGAUGAAUCAUAGAGAUGUAAUGCUGAGUGAAAACAGCAAAUUGCAUAAAAUGACACACAGUAUGAUAGCAAAAAUAAGCAAAACUAAACCAUCUAUUGUUUGGUGAUUUAAGCACGUGUGAUAAAACACUUAGGAGAUCAGGGGAAGAAACAGCACAAAAUUCACAUGAUGGCCCCUGUGAGGGGAGUGGGAAUGGGGUAAGGAAGGAUCCCAGGAAUUUGCAAAGGUGUUGGUAAUAUCUUGCUUCUCAGGCUGUGUGGUGGGUUCAUGAGUAUUCGAUUUAUAGCUCAGUUCCUAAUGCACAUAAGGUUCCACACACCCUUUUGUAUGUAUCAAAUACUAUGUGAGGGAAUUCCCUGGUGGCUCAGUGGAUAGGACUCUGUGCUUCCACUGCAGGGGGCACUGGUUCGCUCCCUGAUCUGGGAACUAAGAUCCCCCAUGCCAUGCCGCACAGCCAAAAAAAAAAGUAAGAAAACGUAAGUUUAGAUAUUUUAAAGUAACCACUUAAAAAAACUCUGUAAUGGCUUAAAAAACAAAAUCAAACAGGCAACAUAAUCCUUUCCCAGAUGAUAAAAUCAAGUGGAGAUAAUGAAAAUGUUCCAGUGACAAGCUAUGGGCAGGUCCCUCUAGCUGCCUUCUUCUGUUGCUUCUUUUAAAACAGCUUUACUGAGGUAUAACUGGCACACAAUGAACUGCAUCUAUUAAAAAUGUACUAUUUGAUGACUUUCACACAUACACACCAGUGAAACCAUUAUUACAAUCGAGAGAAACAUUUCCAUCACCUGCAAAGCUUCUUCCUCUUUGUAAUCAGGGCCUCCUGUUCCUCCUUGCCUCCCCAUCCCGAAGUAACCACUGAUCCGUUUUCUGUCACUAUAGAUGAAUUUGAAUUUUUCAGAAUUUAUAUAAAUAGAAUCAUAUUGUACGUACUCCUUAUUUGGCAUCUUUCACUAAGCAUCAUUAUUUUGAGAUUCAUCCAUGUUGUUGCAUGUAUUAAUGGUCAUUCCUUUUAUUGCCAAGUAGUAUUCCAUCAUAUGGAUGUACCACCGUUUGUUUAGCUAGUUGCCUGUUGAUACACGUUUGGCUGUUUCCUGUUUUGGACUAUUUAUUACAAAUAAAGUUGCUAUGAACAUUCA